GAGGCCCUGGACGUGAGCACCAGCGCCGACCCCAUCGAGCUGGCCGGCCUCUUCCAGGGCGACAUCGUCCUCAACAGCCUCGACGACCUGGUCGACCUCUCAGCACAGGACAGCGUUGUGCAGGACACCAAGAACGCCAUCAUCAACCUGAGGAGAAGAUGGCCCAAUGGCGUCAUCCCCUAUGUUAUCUCAUCGUCCUACAACAAGAACGAGCGAGCGACCAUCGCCAUGGCCAUGAGCAACUACCACCAAAAGACCUGCCUCCGCUUUGUUCCCCGGAUGAUGGAGCGAGACUACAUCCACAUCAUAAAGGGAGACGGCUGCUCCAGUUCUGUCGGCCGAGUGGGCGGCGCGCAAGCAGUGUCUCUGGGUCCAGGGUGCCUUUACGUGGGUAUCGUUAUGCACGAGCUCAUGCACGCCGCCGGGUUUUGGCACGAGCAGUCACGCGCAGACCGGGACAACUACAUCACAAUCAACAUGGCAAACAUCCAGAACGGGAUGGAAUUCAAUUUCCAGAAAUAUUCUUGGAGUACAAUUCAGAGCCUCGGGGUGGACUACGAUCUCGAAUCCGUGAUGCACUACGGCCCAUAUGCCUUCGCCAAGGACCGCUCCAAGCCCACUAUUAUCCCUCGCCAGAUGGGGGCAGAGAUAGGACAGCGGCGAUCCCUCUCCACGAAAGAUGUCUUGAAGCUACAACUUCUAUACAACUGCGCAAACACAACGGAAACUAUUACGACCGAAGUCCCUGUAACUACUGUAGCUCCAGACACCUGUGAAGAUGGAAACAAAUAUUGCGAAGCUUGGGCAGCUGCAGGAGAGUGUGAGAGGAACCCGACGUGGAUGACCGUCAGUUGCAGAAAAUCUUGCAAGGAGUGCGGCAAAGAGUGCGGAGACAACAACCAGUAUUGCAACUACUGGGCGCGCAACGGCCAGUGCACGAAGAACCCGUCGUACAUGGGGCGCUUCUGCAGGAAAUCCUGCGAGAUUUGCCACAACGAAGUGACGGAAAUGUGUGAUGACCGCAACAGAUACUGCCUCGCUUGGGCCAAAACGGGGUACUGCCGGACUAAUGCAGACUACAUGUUACUGUAUUGCAAGAAAUCCUGCAUGCAAUGCUAACCCGAGAAAAAAGACAGCACCGCAGUAACAAACUAGGAUUUAAAUUUUCGAACGUCACUUAUUUAAACGUCGUAGUUUUAAAUGUAAUUUUAAUGUUGAUGCUCUGCGUUUCAUGUUUCCGCUGGUGAAUAUCGUUUUUGUUAGAUUGCGCUUUUCAUCAUCUGUUUCUGGUUCUUCCUUUAGUUGGAUGGAAUGAUGUGCAAGAAUAAAAGUAUGAAUCUA